CCGGCUGCCAACACAAGGCAAGGUGAGUGUUUUAUUGAAACCGCGUGGUUUUGCAAUAUUAUUGCUCAGUGAAAACGUAAAAGUGGUGUUUCUAUAGUUUUAAUUUUAAGUAAGAUGAGAUCCGUCACAUUGAAAGAUGUUGAACAAGACAAGGUCGUCAAGACCGUUGCCUUCCAUCUCAAAAAGAUUGGUAAGGUUAAACUGCCUGAACACAUGGACCUGGUGAAGACUGGCCGUUUCAAGGAGUUGGCUCCCUACGACCCCGAUUGGUUCUAUGUCCGUUGCGCUGCUGUCCUCAGACACAUCUACAUCAGAUCACCAGUUGGUGUGAAGACUGUCACAAAGAUCUUUGGUGGUCGCAAACGCAACGGUGUCACCCCCUCUCACUUCUGCAGAUCAUCAGGCAGCAUCGCCCGCAAGGCACUGCAGGCUCUCGAAGCUCUCAAGCUUGUUGAGAAAAUCCCAGAUGGUGGUCGCAUUCUUACCGUACAAGGAAGACGUGACCUCGACAGAAUUGCUGCACAGGUCAGAGUUAAGGCCAAGCAACAGGCUAAACAACAAGUUAUUGUCCUGUAAGAGUAUGUAAGAUAAUAAAAAAUUUAAAAUACA